AUGAGUUUGAUCUAUCAUGGGACUAAGGCAAUUAUUAAAUAAGUUGAUAUUUGCAAAAUAAAUAAUUAAGAGAUUGAAUUAGGAAGAGGUGGUUAAGCAAUUGUUUAUAAGGCUGUUUUAGUAAUUCAAUAAUCUGAUAGAUGUGAGAAGAAAAUAGAAAUAGCUUUAAAGAGAAUUAAAUUACCUAAAUAGAAGCUUAUAAAUGAUAGAAUUUAUGAAUUAAUUAAAAGAGAAUAAUCAGUUUAUAGAUCUGUAAAAUCUCCUCAUAUAAUUAAAUUAUAUGGAACCAAUUUAAAUUAUAAAAAUUAAAAGUUAGAUGAUCUAGAAAAUUUGGAUUUUUAUUUUGAAUUAUGCGAUGGAAGUUUAGCAGAUUUAAUUAUGGAUCCAGAAACUAGAACAGAUUUACCAGUAAAUGAGGAUAUGGCAUUAAAUAUAUUUUAGUAAGUUGUAGAAGUAGAAUUAUUAUUGGAAAAAUCAUAAUUUUUUAGAUCAACAGGUAUAAAAGAAGGAUUGUUUCAUAGAGAUAUGAAUAUUAAAAAUAUUUUAUUUAAAAAAAAAAAAAAUAAAAUUGAUGUCAAAGUUUGUGAUUUUGGUAUGGCAAAUUACAUAUUAGAAGGAAUAUUUGUAACUUUAAACGUAGGAACUAAUGUAAAUUGUAUAAUUAUAUCUAGUCUUUCUAAAGUCCAGAAAAUAAAUUUUCGGAAUAAUAUAAUUAAGAGAAAAAUGAAGUUUGGUCAUUAGGCAUAUUAUUAUUUUGUUUGUUAAAGGGUUAUAAUUAUUAUAAAUAAAAUAGUGAUCGUUUCAAUAAUAAAAAUGAUCAUCAUGCCUUAAUUCAAAAGUUAGAAUUAUAAUUUUACACAAAAGAAUUAUUAAUAAAUUUAUUAUAAACUGAACCUAGUAAAAGAUGGGGAUAUGAUGAAAUUAAAUAAUCCAAAUGGUUUUAACUAUUUAGUUCUCAAAAAAUUAAGUAUUUGGAAACAAUAGGACCCCUUUUAAAAUUUAGAUAAAAAUGUUUUAAUGAACUUUCCCUCUAGUUAAUAGAAUAUGAAAAUUUUAUUAAUUAAAAUAAUCCUUUAUUAUAGGAAUAUUAAAUCCCAUAAGAUUUAUUACAAAUAACUUUAAAGUCUUAUUAAUUAUGGACUUGGAAAUAAUUAGAAAAGUAUAGUGGAAGUUAUUGUUAUGAACACCAUUGUUUAGAAUAAAUUUAUGAGUAUAAUGAUUAACAAUAACAACUGUAAAACAAUGAAGCAAAUUUAAUAAAUAUUACAUAAGAACUCAGAGAUUUUUUUUUAUAGAUUGACAAAAAUAAUUUAGAGGAUUAGUAAUUUAAGAAUUUCGAAAUGAAAUAGAUUAUACAAUACUGGAGUUAAAUUAAAAAAUAAACAACUAAUAUAGCCCAUUUUAGACCAGAUGCUCUUUAUUAUCAAAUAAAUUUAUUAGAACAGAUUUAACUGAAAUUAUUAAGUCUUUUAUCAAUAUUUACUUAGACUGUUGAAACAUAAAAAAUUAAUAAUAAAAUUUCUAAGUUGAAAGAAUUAUUAGAAAAAUUCUAAAAUUUAUUAUAGGAACAGCAGUAAAAAUUAGAAAACCUAAAAGAUAAAGAAUAAACAUAAUAAUAAAAAUAAUCAGAUCAAUCAGGACAAUAAUAAUAAAAAGAUUAAAUAUCAUCACCAAAUAUACAAUUAUUAAAAGAAGAAAUUGAGGAUCUUAAGUAUUAAAUUGAUGCAUGUUCAAUAGAAAUAAAAUAAAAAGAAUACACACUGUAAAUCUUAGAAUAAAAAGAAAAAUUACAGAAAACAUCAGAGUACUUAUAAAAAAUAAAAGAUUGCUUUAAACGCUUUUUUAAUUGGAAAAGACAAGAAGAAUAUAAUUUAUUUUUUAAAGAUCCAAAUGAAAAUGAUUGA